UAACCACAGUUCUAUGCAGUUAAUUAGAUUAAAUUAUAUGGGUUAUUGGCUGGUACCAGCAACUAGAAAGAACAAUAACUAGAAAGAAGCAAACUGCGUUAUCCAUUAAGUUACCAGAUAGGUUGGUAGCCUACUGUACAAGUAACACUCGGUUAAACUGGGACAGUUGUUGCCACACGUGUGUCCAGUUCUUCAGUGUAUCAUUUUGGCUUUCAGAAGCACUAUAAAAUGUGAGGAUCUCUAGUUUAUUAAGGUGGCUAACAUCGUAAAUGCACUACCGACUAAACCCUCACCGCUGUCUCGCGACCGUGUUUGCGCAUGCGCAGACGCGCAGGUCUGCUUCGAGCGGGUCGCGAACUCUGACCUCCUGUAGCUGCAGUGAGCCGUCAGUUUACAAUAAUUUAUCAAAACAUCACAGUAGCUGGAUAAUUUCUCACGCGUUCAGGAGGGCGUGUGGCUGAUGGGGCGUCGCUGAGCAACGGUUUUGACAGAACGGUAUCAUGGAAGGAGAAAGUCCCAGAAUUCAGCUGGUGUCUACAGAUGGAGGCCUACAGAUUGUGACGGAGCAGCAGUUGGCUCAGAAGCUGCAGAUAGUCACAGCCAUUGAUCAGGCUGGAGCCGGCAAGCAGCAGUUUAUAUUAGCUAACCUGGAUUACCCCAACCAGGAGAAACUGUUCAUCAAACAAGAGAAUUCACCAACCAAGGUCAUCUUAACAUCUGCGGAUGGGUCUGCAGUCAAUCAACUGCUUUUCACAUCACCUGAGCUGACAGGACAACAGAUCCAGUUUGUGACGGAGGGCUCAGAACAGGGCACCACCAAGCCUCCAGUGGAGUAUUGUGUAGUUUGUGGAGACAAGGCCUCAGGUCGUCAUUAUGGAGCAGUGAGCUGUGAGGGCUGUAAGGGUUUCUUCAAGCGCAGCAUCAGGAAGAAUCUGGUGUACACGUGCCGCGGGUCUGGAGAAUGUGUCAUCAACAAACACCAUCGGAACCGGUGUCAGUACUGCAGGCUGCAGCGCUGCAUGGCCCUCGGCAUGAAGCAAGACUCUGUUCAGUGUGAGAGGAAACCGGUGGAGGUGUCGAGAGAGAAGCCAGCAAACUGUGCGCCCUCCAUCGAAAAGAUCUACAUCCGUAAAAACCUCUGCAGCCCUCUCGCCGCCAUGCCAACGUUUGUUAGCGAAAAAGAGACUGCCAGGUCCACCAGUUUACUGGACUCCAACAUGCUCUUGAACAUCCAGCAGUCUCUUUCCAAACUGGACAACACCAUUUUAAUUCCUUCUUCACCAGAUCAGAAUGAUUCUAGUCAAGGAGAUCUGGGUACUUUGGCCAACGUGGUCACAUCUCUCGGUCACCUCAGCAAAAGUCGUGAGAUGAUGGACAGCAGUACUGACCUAUCGGGGAUAGAGACCAUGAGUAACGAGGACAGCGUUAUGAUGGACAUUCAAAGGGAGGAGUCGAAUGAUGUCACACGGGCCUUUGACACGCUCACAAAGGUGCUUCAGUCGGAGGGGGGUUGUGGGGAAGAGGUGGCUGAGGGGGCUGUCAGGGUCGAUGAACAGACCACCGCCCUGCUGGAACUAGAGGGACCGCUGCUCUCAGAUAUGCAUGUGCCGUUUAAGCUGAUGAUGCCGCUGCCCAUGCCAGACUUCCUGAAUCUGAAUUACAUCUGUGAAUCAGCUUCUCGUCUGCUUUUCCUCUCAAUGCACUGGGCACGCUCUAUUCCAGCUUUCCAGGCCCUUGGCUCGGAGAACAGCAUCACGCUGAUGAAGGCCUGCUGGAAUGAGUUGUUUGCUUUAGGUCUGGCUCAGUGUUCACACAUAAUGAAUGUAGAAACCAUCCUCACAGCCAUAAUUAACCACUUACAGACCAGCCUGGAUGAAGAAAAACUGUCCCCGGAGCGCGUGAAGCUAGUCAUGGAGCACAUCUGGCGCAUGCAGGAAUUUUGUAACAGUAUGAGUCGCAUGAGUCCUGACGCAUAUGAAUAUGCUUACCUCAAAGCUGUGGUUCUCUUCAGCCCAGAUCACUCUGGAGUGGACGGCACCCUUCAGAUCGAACGCUUUCAGGAGAAAGCCUGCAUGGAACUGCAGGACUACGUGAGCAAAGUGUAUCCAGAGGACACAUAUCGUCUUUCAAAACUGUUGGUUCGUCUGCCUGCUCUGCGGCUCAUGAGCGCGGCGGUGACCGAAGAGCUGUUUUUCACCGGUCUAAUCGGGAACGUUCAGAUCGACAGCAUCAUUCCCUACAUCCUCAAAAUGGAGUCUACCGACUACAACAGCCAGCCAAUCAGCACCGCUGAGUGACAGAAACCCCGCCCACAGCCACACCCAUCAGCUUUGCUCUGUUAUAUAUAACAGAUAUAAUCAUGUGAAUUUUGCAUAAGGACAUCAUUUUGUUCAGACUUUGCUUUUUUAUUUGGCCAGUGGUUGUUUAUGGGUUAUGUAGUGUGGAUAAAGUGGUUACCGCAACUGUUGCGGUUGGAUCAUGUGGCUUUUAUUGUACUAGUGUACUUAUGUUUAGAAAAAGUGUCUAUAAAGAUACAGAAAGUGUAAGGAAUCUGUUCUUAAGAACUUGUUCCAAAGAGAACUUUGCCCCCCGCCCCAAGCACUGACUAACUCUCUGUAUGUAUAUGAAUGAUGUAUAUAGAAAUAAUAAAUGUCGGGGGGAAAUGUCUGUAUUUUGGUAUUUGUUGGAGACUGUUCCUUUUUUAUGAACACAUUAAAUGUGAUAUACAGGGUUCCCACAGUGAGCGAAAAUCUUAUUUUCAUCCCUGGAAAAGUCAUUGGAAAUUAUGUAGUGCAUGUAAAUGUUUCUGUUUAUGCUCUAUUAAAUUGAAUUGGCAAAAUAUGCA